AUGGGCCAUAAACCACCAGGCAGAUCUAGUACAGUCCAGUUAGCUACUUCUGAUAUAGCCGAAACCAACCUGGAAAUCAGUUACAUCACUGUCGGAGCAUUAAAUUCCACAUCACAACUAUCGAGUCACCCGGCAUGGCAGAUCUUGAACUCCUUAGAAUGUGGAGAGAACGCUGCCGAUCGUAUUAUUGGUGGCACGAGAGCAGCACUAGGACAGUUUCCAUGGAUCGCUCGGCUCGGAUAUGUCUUACCAGAUGAUCCAGACAUAGACUGGAUGUGUGGUGGCGCCCUCAUAACAGACCGCAUCGUGAUAACAGCUGCACAUUGUAUUCCAUCAGAAGAAGAAGAAUACGCACUGAAGUACGUCCGUUUAGGUGAGCACGAUAUCCGGACAGACCCUGACUGCGAACUAUCGAUAUGCGCCCCCGCGGUCCAGGAUCGAGGAAUCAUAAACGCCACCAUACACCCUUCCUUCAAUAUACCUCCCUUCCAUAACGACCUCGCUAUUCUCAGAUUAGACAUCCCAGUAGAUUUAAACGACUACGUAGCUCCAAUUUGCUUACCACAAAAUGGAGAGCAGCUGGCAGGUGUAAAGAUCGGUGAGAUUGCUCAAGCUGCUGGUUGGGGCAAAAUUAACAUGACUACUGAAGAAAGAGCUAAAAUACUUCAAGUAGUCGCUUUACCUAUAGUGAAACCUGAAAUGUGUGAUAUGUUUGGACGAGAGUUUAAAAUGCAAGACUCUGAAGUUUGCGCAGGCGCACAAUUAAACAAAGAUGCCUGUGGAGGUGAUUCUGGAGGACCACUAAUGAAAGUAUACGACACUCCUGAUGGACCUAAAACUUUCUUGGUGGGUGUUGUGUCGUUUGGACCCACAGUAUGCGGCAUCAGGAAACCUGGCGUCUACACGUCAGUCGCUUAUUUUCUCCAAUGGAUUUUGGACCAUAUUAAAUAACACUUUACAUUUGAUAUGGAAAUUAAAGUAAUUAUAAGUACGUGUGUUUUUAAAAUAAA